ACUCGUGAGGACGACAUUUGCAACCACUACCGGGAACAACUUGCCGGGCACCGCCGCCAAUUAGUGUUAUCAAUUCUCAAAUCUUCUUUACUUGGCGCUGCCUCACGAUCAAUUCAGUUUCUUUGCAUGGCCCUCGGCUUCUGGUAUGGUACAGCAUGUUCCAAUUUUUUCUGUUUUAGCGCUAUCAUUAGAGUCUGCAGGGACUAUGUUUGCAUAUGCGCCAGACCUGGCAAAGGCAAGACACGGUGCAGCUAAGCUUAAAGCUCUCUUUGAUAGGAAGCCCGAGAUUGACAGCUGGAGCCAGGACGGCACCAAGGCUCAGAGCAUCGAAGGCCAUGUUGAAUUCCGGGAUGUGCACUUCAGGUAUCCGACAAGACCGACCCAGCCGGUUCCUCGAGGUCUCAAUCUACAGGUUAAACCCAAACAAUAUGUCGCUUUUGUCGGGGCCAGCGGAUGUGGGAAAUCGACCGCGAUCAUCUUGCUGGAGAGAUUUUACGAUCCCCUUGUUGGCGGGAUCUUCGUUGACGGUACAGAAAUCUCAUCGUUCAACGUCAACGAUUACCGCUCCCAUUUGGCGCUUGUCAACCAAGAGCCGACCCUUUACCGAGGCACCAUCCGCGAAAAUAUUCUGCUCGGCACUGAUAGAGACAACAUUGCGGAGGAAGAAAUCGUGCGAUGUUGCAAAGAUGCAAACAUCUAUGACUUCAUCAUCAGUCUGCCGAGCGGUAUGGAUACUCUUAUUGGUAGCAAGGGCUGUAUGCUGUUGGGUGGUCAGAAACAGCGCGUCGCGAUUGCUCGAGCACUGCUCCGUCGCCCAAAGGUUCUCUUACUAGACGAGGCCACUUCAGCUCUCGAUUCGGAGUGCGAGAAGGCUGUGCAAGAGGCAUUGAAUGCCGCGGCGCGGGGCUGCACCAAAAUCGCUGUUGCCCAUCGUCUGAGCACGAUCAAAAACGCAGACAUGAUCUACGUCUUCCACCAAGGGCGAGUUGUCGAGUCUGGCACGCACGAUGGGCUGAUGGAGAUGAAGAGCGCAUACUUUGAACUUGCGAACUUACAGAGCUCGAGUAAAGCACAGUAGAUAUGGUAUGAUGGGAGGCGAGAAAAGGAGGAUCUAGUUUGUAGUAGUGUGUACGCACAUCUUUUGUUCAUUUCUUCUGGUAAAUAACACUGGUUCA